UCCGGGAAGAUGGCGGCUGUCGAAGUAGCUGAGGAGCCGGUAACGGUGGUGGCGGUGGCUGGACCAAAGGCGAAGGACGAAGAGGAGGAAGAAGAGGAGUCUCUGCCACCGUGCGAGGCGGUGCGCUGGGCCCCGGUGGGGGCGGUGGCGGAGGCCGGUCCUGGGACGACUGCGUUCUCGGAAGAGGCGGCUGCCGAGGAUCCCGGCGCGGCCCCGGGCUCCCCGCCUGAGUCGCCUGGCAGGACACUGCGGCGGCUACGGGCUGAGCGGCGGCGGCUGGACUCAGCGCUGCUCGCGCUGUCCUCGCACUUCGCUCAGGUGCAGUUCCGCUUGCGCCAGGUAGUGCGCGGGGCGCCAGCGGAGCAGCAGCGCCUCCUGCGCGAGCUCGAGGACUUUGCCUUUCGCGGCUGCCCUCACGUCCUGGGUUACUGGGGGCCCGAGGAUCCCACCAGCGACGAGGGCGACAGGCUGCCGGGGAACCGGCCACAGUUGCGGGGCGAGGACCAGAGUGAGCAGGAGAAACAGGAACGUCUGGAAACCCAAAGGGAGAAGCAGAAGGAACUGAUACUGCAGCUCAAAACCCAACUAGAUGACCUGGAAACGUUUGCCUACCAAGAGGGAAAUUACGAUUCCCUGCCGCAGUCCAUGGUCUUGGAAAGACAGCGGGUGAUCAUAGAUGAGUUAAUAAAGAAACUGGACAUGAAUCUGAAUGAGGACAUCAGUUCACUGUCCACCGAGGAGCUUCGGCAGCGUGUGGAUGCAGCUGUGGCUCAGAUCGUAAACCCAGCCCGAGUGAAAGAACAGCUGGUGGAGCAGCUGAAAACUCAGAUUCGAGACCUCGAGAUGUUCAUCAAUUUCAUCCAAGAUGAAGUGGGAAGCCCACUGCAGACAGAUAACGGGCACUGCGAGUGCAAGGCCGGUGGGAAGACAGGAAACGGCACCUCUGGGACUGGCGGCAGCAGGUUGCCUUCGGGAAACAGCAAAGCAAAGGCAGAAGACGGGAAGCGAGUUCAGGAGACGGGGCUGCAGCUGAUGCGGCGAGCGCUGGCAGUGCUCCAGAUGUUUGCUGUUAGCCAGUUCGGUUGCACCACGGGCCAGAUCCCACAGACCUUGUGGCCAAGGGGCCAGGCUGACAGGGACUAUUCUCCUUUACUGAAGAGGCUGGAGGUGUCAGUAGACAAAGUAAAGCAACUAGCCUUAAGGCAUCAGCCACAGGACCACGUUAUCACCUCUGCCAGCCCCCAGGACCUGUCUCUGGGAGGCAAGGACGAGCUGACUACCGCUGUGCGCAAGGAGCUGACAGUGGCCGUGAGGGACCUGCUGGCCCAUGGAUUGUAUGCGUCCUCACCAGGGAUGAGCCUCGCCAUGGCCCCCAUUGCUUGUUUGCUGCCAGCCUUCUCCUCGACCCCUGAGGCCAUGCAUCCCUGGGAGCUCUUUGUAAAGUACUACCAUGCUAAGAACGGCCGCGCUUAUGUGGAAUCCCCAGCCCGGAAGCUCUCCCAGUCCUUUGCCCUGCCUGUCAUGGGGGGCACUGUUGUGACUCCCAAGCAGAGCCUACUGACAGCCAUCCACAUGGUGCUGACGGAACAUGACCCUUUUAAGCGCAGUGCAGACUCGGAGUUGAAGGCCUUGGUGUGCAUGGCGCUGAAUGAGCAGCGUCUCGUGUCCUGGGUGAACCUCAUCUGCAAGUCAGGGUCGCUCAUCGAGCCCCACUACCAGCCCUGGAGCUACAUGGCACACACAGGCUUUGAGAGUGCCCUCAACCUACUUAGUCGCCUUAGUAGCCUCAAGUUCAGCCUCCCUGUAGACCUGGCUGUGCGCCAGCUCAAAAACAUCAAAGAUGCCUUUUGAUGAGAGUGCCCUGGCCCUACCCCAGCACCUUCCUCAGCAAAGAUAGAUGGUCAGUCUUCUAAGAUAGGAGUAGAGAGUAGGAGGAAGGAUUAAAAAUGUUCUCCCCAGGCCGAAUGACUGCAAAGUCUGGUUUUCCCUGCCAACUUGGCAUCUCAGAAAGAAAUUCUGAGAUUCUUGUUUAAAGAGUGUGUAACGUGGUGUGCAACCACAGUGUACCUGUGGCCCGUGUAUCUGAGCCUACCUAAAAGAAAUCAGUCGUGGCACACCGUUAAUGUACUGACUCCUGCUGCCAGGUCUGGGUUUUAGAAAAUUCUCUAACCAUUCUCUAGCAAAUGGAUUCUCUAACCAUUCUCUUUGUGAUGGUGAGUGACAACAUGAGUGCGUUGUUGAUCCUGGAAGACAUUUGAGUUGAGGCUCCUGUAAGUCAGGUUGGGAGAAAGGUCAGCGGAGGCCACGUAGAGUCCAUAGCUGCCUCCAAGACCAGGACAGUGAGAUUCUGAGAACAGCAUUUCUGAGGGAGUUAACCACAAGUGAAUUUUAAUGCGAACCCUUUCUCAUGUAGAGUUAAGAACUGAAGUCCCUUCCUGAUGAGGUGGUCCUCUUCUCAUGGCACCGAUGAUGGUGUUUUGAUUUUUGAGAGGGUUUAUAAGGAGUGACAGCCAUCAUCUGGUACCGUGUCCUCUGGCAGGUAAUCUAUCUUCUGUGCACCUCCUAACAAUACACUGACAAUCUUCUGAGAAGUAGACGUGUUAAAGGUAUACUUCUCAAGAGAACCCUUGCCACUGAGUCAAGUGUGGAUAGGAAAACAUCAGUGACCAGCAGCAACUCCUUCCUGAGCUGUGACUCCAUUCGUCCCAGAGGCUGGAUGAGGGAGGAGGUCUGAUUAUGCAUUAAGUACUACAGCGGGAGUGGGAACUACUGCUGCUAUCAGGCGAGGGGCUGAGCACUUCAUUAUAAAACCGACUCCAGAUCAGUCCUAUUUGGUCCUCGGUAUUUUAGCCUUUUUCAUAUUUGCCAUUCAGCCUGCAUACUGCUCCAGGACUGGCCUACGACGGGCAAAGUGUUACCACUUUCUAGAAAACCAAAUGGGCCCCCAACACUACUGAUUCAGCAUGUUUCAUGUAUUAAAUUGCCAGCUGCACUUUACGUCUGCACUAUUAUGUAGUGCAUUUUAACUUAAUUUUUUCCC